CAUUUCGCGUGUGUAAUCUUGAGCUGUCAGCAGCAGAGAGCUGCACGUCCCUUCUCUCACGCGCGUCCCCGCGGCUAAACAGGUAGUCAGGACUCGAGCGUCGCGCCCACGCAUCAGUUUUGCGGUUCCAUUCGGGGCACGACACAGCAAACGGUAGGCUACAGACAGAAUAGAAAAAGAAAGACAGACAACAGUGCUAAGAGAAACCGAAUAGAAAUACGUGAAGAGAGAGAAGUGUCGAGUGUUUCGGGAGUGAUGACGGCGGCGGUGUUUUGCGGGGCUCUGCUGAUGCUGGCCCUGGCCUCGGGCGGGGAUGCUGCGGGGGAAGGAGGUAUCUCGUUUGAGUACCACCGAUAUGAGGAGAUGCGGAAAGCCCUGGUGUCCGUGUGGCUGCAGUGCCCCUCCAUCACCCGCAUCUACACUGUCGGGGAGAGUUCCGAGGGCCGAGAGCUGCUCGUCCUGGAGAUGAGCGACAACCCUGGCAUCCAUGAGCCUGGUGAGCCGGAGUUUAAGUACAUUGGGAACAUGCAUGGCAAUGAGGCAGUGGGCAGAGAGCUGCUCAUCUAUCUGGCUCAGUAUCUUUGUAAUGAGUACCAGGAGGGCAAUGACACCAUUAUCGACCUGAUCCACUCCACACGUAUUCACAUCAUGCCCUCCAUGAAUCCUGACGGCUUCGAGAAAGCAGCCUCACAGUCUGGUGAGAUGAAGGACUGGUUUGUGGGCCGCAGCAAUGCUCAGGGGAUUGAUCUGAACCGCAACUUUCCAGAUCUCGAUCGUAUCGUCUACAUGAACGAAAGAGACGGGGGAUCCAACAAUCACCUCCUGAAAAACCUGAAGAAAGCUGUGGAUGAAAACACCAAACUCGCACCAGAAACCAAGGCUGUCAUUCACUGGAUAAUGGACAUUCCAUUUGUCCUGUCAGCCAAUCUGCAUGGAGGAGACGUGGUGGCCAACUACCCAUAUGAUGAGACACGCAGUGGUUCUACUCAUGAAUACAGUGCUAGUCCAGAUGAUCUGGUGUUUAAGAGUUUGGCUAAGGCCUACUCCAGCUAUAACCCAGUGAUGUCUGACCCAAACCGACCGCCAUGUCGCAAGAAUGAUGAUGACUCCAGUUUCACAGAGGGCAUCACUAAUGGAGGAGCCUGGUACAGCGUGCCUGGAGGUAUGCAGGACUUCAACUAUCUGAGCAGUAAUUGUUUUGAGAUCACUCUGGAGUUGAGCUGUGAUAAGUUUCCUCCUGAGGAUUCACUCAAGCAGUACUGGGACCAGAACCGCAACUCACUCGUCAGCUACAUAGAGCAGGUUCACAGAGGAGUAGCAGGAUUUGUUCGUGAUCUCCAAGGGAACCCCAUUUCAAACGCUUCUAUUUCUGUUGAAGGAAUUGACCAUGAUAUCACCACAGCUAAGGAUGGCGAUUACUGGCGCUUGUUGGCUCCUGGUAACUACAAAGUAUCAGCAUCUGCAUCUGGGUACCUCACUGUGGUCAAGAAAGUAGCUGUUCCCCACAGCCCUGCUACACGGCUGGAUUUCGAGCUGGAGUCACUGGAAGAGAGGAAGGAGGAAGAGAAGGAGGAGCUCAUGGACUGGUGGAAGAUGAUGUCAGAGACACUCAACUUCUAACUGACCUGAAGCAGAGCCCAUCACAAGCAUUCUGGGUGUAAAAUAUUUAUUGUCAUGUGUGUGCUCAUAAACCUAAAAGAACUUAAUUCAGCUUCUUUUAUUUUAUCUUACUUUAUUUUUUAUUGUUUUAUGUUAGAGGCACUACAUCUGAACGUAUUUACAGUACAACAGCCAUAUGCACAUUAUACGAUUCAUACAUGUUAACAAAGACAACCGGUGGUCUAGUUUCCUGCAUACUUAGAUGGUUGUCCUUGUAAAUAUGGAUGAAUACAUAUAUUUCCACUAAAUGAAAUGCUGGAAAUAUCCUGUGUUUCCUGCAGGCAUGCAAAGGUAAUUACACAGAGGGAAGAAACACAUAACAUCGAGUCGAUAUUGUGGAGGCAUUGGACCGAUCUAUUUCUCUUUUGUAACGUUGUGUUUUACAUUGAUAUCGUGAGAUUCUUUUGUUGCUAUGGUCACCAAUCACACCAACCUAUCAGAGAGCACUGUGUUGUGAUGAAUGUUUAUUCAGUAAUGAAUUUUACUAUUUAUUCUGAUUAUGACUGAAGCCAAUGUAGACAGCACCCAUUUACACCUGAUCACAAGUCUGUUUCUGUUCAAACACUGUUUCAAUAAUGUUAUGCUUGAUGUUUUGAGUGGGAGUGCUUUUGAUAAACCUGUUUCAUUUACUAAUGCUUUAAUAAUUACAACUUUGAAUAUCAUUUCCAGACAAUUGUUCAGAUGGAUAGAAAAUGGAAGAGGUUAUCAAUUGAACUCCUAUCUUAUGUUUUAAGUAUAGAAACUAUAUAGGAAAUUUAAAAAAAAAUUGAACAUAUGAUAGAUGAUAGCUAUAAAUCUGUGUUAUCUAUGUUUGUAUAGCAGUUUCAUUUCAGAUCAUUUAACAGCAGAUUUUAAUGGCACACGCUAAACAAAUAGAAGUUUAUCUAGAUCUGAUGGUUUUGUAAUCUAUACCAAAAUGCACAAUUGUGCCCAAUGAAGUACCAUCUGCAGUCUUUAUUGAACAUUCUGUAAUAUAUUGUCUUUUUUUUUUGUCUGUUUCAGUAUCUUUAUAAUUCGCGUUUUUCUGUCCUAUGAAAAGGCACAUUUUAAUGCAAAAUCAAUGACGUUCAAGUCUAUAAUCCUGCAUUCAGAAUUGGUCCUACUUAUUUGAGAAAUUUCAUGCUCAUUGAAAUUAAACAAAUUAAAGCUUAAACUUUAGAUAUUAAUGCCAUGAAAUGGCAUUUUAAAGCCAGCUUAUACAUUUGUCCUUUGAGAGUUCAGUGGUAUGUCUUGUAUAUGAAUGUAAUGAUGGUUUAAUUGAAUGACGCAUUUCGCAACCAAAAUAAACGUCCCUUUCUGUUGUCAGA